CUUCUGAUUCACCUUGGAAUGUAUUGAUGUGAGCGCCAAGUCGGCAGGAGGUGAUGAGAUACAUAAAUCCGACUUUCCUCCUGAACUUCCCUCACGAAGAUUCACUCCUUUGCAGAUGCACUCAUUCACCUUUCUCUUGGUGACGAAACGACCUUUCAUCAUCGCUCAUCGCUGAGUUUACUACUUUUCAUCCGCUCUAGCCCGAAGGCUUGGUUUGGGUUACCCGUGUAACCUUGACUAAAGUUUGCCAAACCGUGUGUGCGCCAACAACGCCAGGUAACAACGUUUAUGGCUGAUAUGGAAGCAAACGACAUGGAGCCCAACAACCUCGCGGCCAAAACAGCCAACGCCAACCUCUGGACCAGCGAUGACGACGAUCAGGCUGAGGUUCGCAAUCGCGAUUUCGCUCCCGGGCCGUACAGCCGUGGCGCACUGUUGGGCAGUGGCGGCUGGUGCGUCGCCUACAAGGUGCGCAGACUCCGCGAUGGAGGCGUGUUUGCUGGAAAGACGUCGAAGUUUCCGGGGCAGUUGCAAAAGGAACUGGCUAUCCUCCCAUCUUUGAGCCAUAAUCACAUCGUCAAGUACAUCGACUGGUACGAAGACAAGGCCGAGCCGCUGGGCACCCUGCUGGUCACGGAGCUUUGCCUGGGAGGGACACUACAAGACCGCAUCAACUACUCUCCCAACGGCACUGGGCUCAAGGAAACUCUCCAAGUAAUUGUCCAAUCAGCCAAAGCCCUUGAAUACCUUCAUGGCAAAGGCUUGAUGCACACCGAUGUGAAGCCUCGAAACAUCCUGAUCCGAACCUGGGACCCGGUCGACAUCGUGCUGGCCGAUUGCGCAGACGUCAAGCCAGCCACCUUCACUGGACGAGCCGUUGGAACGGAGGCCUACUGGUCACCUACCAUUGCUAGGUAUAAGCGACAUUGUGGGAUCAGCGACGACGUGUGGGCGCUGGGGAUUACACUGCUUGGGAUGAUGUCGCAGUGGCCCAAGCUGCGCACGACGGAUGAUUUGAAGAGAUAUCCUACAAUUUGCUACGAACAUACUCAGACGUUGAAGGAGCUGAACCCGACCAACGGCAUUGUGCGGCUCGCUAGCAAGAUGCUGGCCUGGGAGAGAGCGAAGCGGUUUACAGCGGCUGAGUGUGUUGCCUUUGCCACUCAGAUGCUCGCUGAAAACACCGGGAGCAACGAGUUUGGUUUCAAGAGCCCCAAGGACUUUAGCAGUAUCGUGUUCUGGUGAUUGCGUUGUUCAUGUGUUGGUUGCAUUGGCCAAGGCGAGGAUCGAUGCAUAGAGUGGACGCGUUUGUG